AUGGCUCUGCAGCCAAAACAAGGACUUCAGCUAGAUUCAGCACAAGAGAAUGCUUUUGUGUCAUUUUUUACAAGUUUGCCAGAGAAACUGGCAACAACGCUGCGGGUAUUUGACAGAACGGAUUACUACACUGUCCAUGGGGAGGAUGCCCUGUUUGUGGCCAGGGAGGUGUUCCGGACCACUGGGGUUGUCAAGUUCAUUGGAGGCAGCUGCAAGUUGGAAUCAGUGAACAUGAGCAAGAUGAACUUUGAGGCUCUAGCCCGAGACCUUCUCCUGGUGCGUCAGUACAGGAUUGAAGUUUACUCCAGCAAGACUGGGUCCAAGUCUCAUGACUGGUAUCUUUCUGCCAAGGCCUCCCCUGGUAAUUUGUCCCAGUUUGAAGACAUCUUGUUCAGCAACACAGAAGUGUCAUCAUCAGGAGGUGCUAUCGGCAUCAAGGUGGCUCAAGAUGAUGGGCAACUGGUUGUUGGAAUUGGCUAUGUGGACCCCAUCUUACACACCUUUACAGUCAGUCAGUUUGCCGAUAAUGACCAGUUUUCUAAUUUGGAGGCACUGCUGGUCCAGCUGGGCCCCAGAGAGUGUUUGUUGCCAUCUGGUGAGACUAGCAGACUGAGACAGGUGCUUCAGCGCAGUGGUUUGCUGGUGACAGAGAGGAAACGCUCCGACUUCAAUGGCAAAGACAUAGUUCAGGAUCUGAACAGGUUGCUGAAGCCAAAAAAGGGUGAGAAACUCAACAGUGCCACAUUGGAUGAGGUUGACAAGACUGUUGCCAUGAGUGCCCUGUCAGCUGUCAUAGGUUACCUAGAGCUUCUAUCUAAUGAAGACAAUUUUGGCCAGUUCCGCAUGACAACCUUUGACCUCAGUGUCUACAUGAAGUUAGAUUCUGCCGCUGUAAAAGCCUUGAACCUGCUACCAGUGGCAAAUGAAGUCAACAAAAAUGAGAGUUUACUGGGGCUGUUGAACCGUUGUCGUACUGCUCCAGGUCAAAGGUUGCUGGCUCAGUGGAUCAAACAACCACUGAUGGAUAUCCACAGAAUAGAGGAGCGACUGAAUGUGGUAGAAGCCAUGUUGGCCGACAGUGACCUUCGACAGACACUACAUGAUGAUCAGCUGAGGAAGUUGCCAGAUUUCCACCGGCUUGCCAAGAAGUUUCAGAGAAAGAAAGCAGGUUUGCAGGACUGCUACAAAGUUUACCAAGCUCUAGAUAAAAUGCCUCACUUGCUGGAGUCCCUGGAGAAGCACCAGGGGCAACACAGUGCUCUUCUGAAGGAGUUAUUUUGUAACCCGGUAAAGGAACUUCUAGUGGACUUCAGCAAGUUUCAGGAAAUGGUGGAGACAACUGUAGACCUGGCACAGGUGAACAACCACGAGUUUGUCAUCAGGGCAGACUUUGAUGACAAUCUCACAGAACUGAGACAGCGUAUUGAUGAGCUGGAGGAGAACAUCAAGGCCCAGUUAAACCAGGUAGCAAGGGACCUUGGCCUUGAACCAAACAAAACUUUGAAGUUGGAGAGCAAUAGUCAGCUUGGGUAUUAUUUUAGAGUCACCCGGAAGGAAGAGAAAGCCUUGCGCAACAAUAAAAAGUACCAUACCAUUGACACAAACAAGAACGGGGUUCGCUUCCACAACAGUGCAGUCAGACAGUACAAUGAGGAGUACCAGCGAGCCCGAGAAGAGUACAGCGAGCAGCAGAAGAGUGUGGUUGCCGAGGUCAUCAGUAUUGCAGCCGGUUACGUUGAGCCAUUGUGUCUACUCAGUGAGAUUUUGGCCCAGCUGGAUGUUCUGGUAUCUUUCUCAGUUGUGUCGUCUGCUGCACCCAUUCCUUACAUCCGACCACAGCUCUUUGCUAAAGGAGAGCGGGUGUUACGUUUGCACGAUGCUAGGCAUCCAUGUGUGGAGAUGCAGGAUGACAUUGCCUAUAUUCCCAAUGAUGCUGUGUUUGAGAAAGAUAACCAGAUGUUCCACAUCAUUACAGGCCCCAACAUGGGAGGUAAAUCGACCUACAUCCGCUCGAUUGGUGUCUGCGUGUUGAUGGCCCAGAUUGGAUGUUUUGUGCCAUGUUCCAAAGCAGACGUAACUAUUGUAGAUUGUAUUCUGGCACGAGUGGGGGCAGGUGACUACCAGCUCAAGGGUGUGUCAACUUUCAUGGCAGAAAUGUUGGAAACAGCCUCUAUUCUUAGGAGUGCCACAGCCGACUCGCUGAUUAUUGUUGAUGAGUUAGGGAGAGGAACUUCAACGUACGACGGGUUUGGUCUGGCCUGGGCCAUUUCAGAACACAUUGCCACAAAGAUUCAAAGCUUUUGCCUGUUUGCCACACACUUCCAUGAGCUGACAGCUCUGGCUGACGAAGUGUCAAUUGUCAAAAACAUUCAUGUCACAGCCUUGACCUCCAAUGAUACACUGACUUUGCUGUACAAGGUCAAACCUGGAGUCUGUGACCAGAGUUUUGGAAUUCAUGUUGCGGAGCUGGCUCAUUUUCCCAAGCGUGUUCUGGAGGCGGCUAGGGCUAAAGCUAACCAGCUAGAAGAUUUUCACGUGGUGGGUGUAGAGGGUACCGCACUUGAGGAUGGUGAUGAGCCUGCUGUGAAAAGAAGGAGGCUGGCUAAACUGGAAGGGGAAACAAUCAUUGAAGACUUCCUAGCCAUGGCUAAACGUCUGCCACAAGAUGGCGUGUCCCCAGACCAACUGCUGGCAGAGGUCAACAAGCUGAAAGCUCAAGUCAUUGACAAAGACAAUGCUUACAUCAAAGAUCUGCUAGCAAAACAUCACCAGACUUCAGCUUAA